GGGGGCUCGGAGCGUAGGUCAGAGGUUGCAGGUCAGACACCGCCUCAGCGGGACGGCUCAAUGGAUAUGUAGCUCGCCGGCUGGAGGGGUGGCUGCGCCUUCUGGAAACUUCCUGCGAGAAAGAGCGUCGCGAGCUCUGUGGCCCCUGCAGCUGCCGGGGCCGUCCUCGCCAAGCUCCUGGGGCUUUUCUGGCUCCCGCUCGGUGGAGGAGCCGCCACUGCCGCCAUGUUCGGCUGCCUGGUGGCUGGGAGGCUGGUGCAAACAGUUGCACAGCAAGUGGCAGAGGAUAAAUUUGUAUUUGACUUACCUGAUUAUCAAAGUAUCAACCAUGUCGUGGUGUUUAUGCUGGGAACAGUCCCAUUUCCUGAUGGCAUGGGAGGAUCUGUCUACUUUUCAUAUCCUGAUUCAAGUGGAAUGCCAGUAUGGCAGCUCUUGGGGUUUGUCACGAAUGGGAAACCAAGUGCCAUCUUCAAAAUUUCAGGUCUUAAAUCUGGGGAAGGCAGUCAGCAUCCUUUUGGAGCCAUGAAUAUUACCCGUACUCCAACUGUUGCACAGAUUGGCAUUUCAGUGGAAUUACUGGAUAAUCUGGCCCAGCUGACUCCUGUGGGCAGUGCUGCUGUGUCAUCGGUUGAUUCAUUCACUCAGUUUACUCAGAAGAUGUUGGACAACUUCUACAAUUUUGCUUCAUCAUUUGCUGUGUCUCAGGCCCAGAUGACACCAAAUCCAUCUGAAGUUUUCAUUCCAGCAAAUGUGGUUCUGAAAUGGUAUGAAAACUUUCAAAGGCGACUAACCCAGAACCCUCUUUUUUGGAAAACAUGAUUUAAAUAAAAGAAUUUUUAAAGGG